AGAGAGAGAGCAAUCUGAGCUCAAAUUCAGCAGUAUCAGCACACCAGUAGCCAUUUAGUUUGGGAAAUGAAGGCUCGGACACACACUUGUGAGGAGCACCGCUGUUAUCCUGAGGAUAUCUCUCUUUAUUCUGUCUGGGACAACUUGCCUGAGGUCACGGGGACCCUGCCCCCUUAGACUGGGGUCAAUCACAGGUUCACACAGGACAGGAUCAGUGGGUGAAGGAAUAGAGGGACAAAUAUUGGCUGGAGAUUACAUAAAGCAUGUGGAUUUGACCACAAGACAGCUAACAAAAACAGAGAGGAAAUGCUGCUGGAGUAAAGAUCAUGCACUGACAAUCAGGCCUGAUGGAGAGCAUCUCAGAGGAGGCGGAAUGGGAUGGCUCUGCUCACGGGACGGUCCAGUGGAUCAACUUCACCUCAGCUCUUCUCUCGGAGCGUGGGGGGCUCAACGGCUCUCAUGGAGGCGGCUCGUAUUUCUGGCUGCUUCACAACGGCUCCUCCAGCACCACUCAGGUCCCCCCUCCAGCCAGAGUGCGAGACGUGGCCCUGGCCCACGCUGAGGUAGGGGUCCUGGGUCUGGUUCUGGCCCUCGCCACCCUGGGAAACAGCUUCGUUCUGUGGGUUCUGCUGCGGAGACGCAAAUACAACGCUCCCAUGCAUCUGUUCAUGGUCAACUUGUGUGUAGCUGACCUGGUGGUGGCCUUCUUUCAGGUUCUCCCUCAGCUAGUCUGGGACAUCACGGAAAGGUUCCAGGGUCCGGACGCUCUGUGCCGCUCAGUGAAGUACAUGCAGAUCGUGGGAAUGUUUGCGUCCUCCUACAUGAUCGUGGCGAUGACGGUGGACAGGCAUUACGCCAUCUGCUGCCCCCUGCAGGCCUACAGAGGAGGCGUGGUCUCGCGCUGGAACACACCAAUCAUGGUGGCCUGGGGGCUGGCCCUCGUGCUCAGUGUACCACAGGUGUUUAUUUUCUCCAGAUCUGAGGUGGCUCCAGGGGAGUUUGAGUGCUGGGGGCACUUUGCCGAGCCCUGGGGUCUUAAGGCCUACGUAACCUGGAUGACCCUGGCUGUGUUCGUCCUGCCGGCCCUGAUCAUCACCGUCUGCCAGGUGCGAAUCUUCAGAGAGAUCCACGACAACAUCUAUCUGAAGUCGGAGCGGGUGGUGUCGGCAGACUUCAAGAAAAACCUGGUCUUCUUCCAUUUCCCCGGCCUGAGAACGCAGGAGGACAGAACGAGAGAGAGAACGAGAGGAGGACACGCAGAAGAAUUCCCACUGAAGAACAAUAACAGCCAAUCUUCAAAUCCGCACUGUGAGAACUACAGCUCCCAGCAUGCACCACAGCCGGACUGUGAGGGGUGUGGGUGUGAGCUGAGCACAGGCUAUAGCUCGUCCAGAUCUCCUGAUGUGCUGCCUCACUCUCACAAUACUCACAAUACUCACAAUACUCACCAGAACUCACCAGCGCCUCAUCAGGACCGCUCUCUGAGGCAGAAGGUCUUCUCUGAGACGGAUCCGUCUUGCUACCAGACCUCUCUGCCUUAUUUAAACUCUCUGGAGCCCCUAACAGAGGGGUCAGACCCAGUCCAUUACCCCCCCUGUUUCCCUCCCCGCUCCCUGCCCCCACCUCCGCCCGGCGUCUCCAGAGCAAUGUCCAAAACUGUGAGGAUGACUCUGGUCAUAGUGCUGGUGUACACCAUGUGCUGGUCACCCUUCUUCAUAGUACAGCUCUGGGCUGCGUGGGACCCCAACCCACCGGUACAAGGAGUGGCCUUCACCAUACUGAUGCUGCUGGCCAGUCUGAACUCCUGCACCAACCCCUGGAUCUACACAGCCUUCUCCAGCAGCGUAUCCCACGAGCUCCUGGCUCUGCUGCGCUGCCGGCCGCGACCCGUACACCGGGGGUCCACUCUGGAAGACUCCAGCACCAUCCACACCACCACCACCACCAAGGACAACCUCUACUGACCUACUGGGGUCGGCCAGACGUGGAUCCGGGCUCUGCUCCUUGAACUUUACGGAUAGUAGAGAAUGAGAUGAUUUACAGAGGCCUGUAUACUGUAUUCACUCCAAGCAGCACAUGAAAUAUGAGUGUGACUCCAGUGACAUCCUGCAGAGGAUCCUGCAGCGCAUUCAUUGUUAUGUAUGGAGUGGGUUUAGCCGUUUAGUGCAGCUGGAGCUGCAGCCAGAAUGCGAUUGACUGAAAUGAGCUCAUCUCGGGGCCUGUCGCAUUUAUUUAUGACCAAACAAGACCGAUUUAUAACAUGAACAAGAAACUAAUGAAAAUUCCACGCAAAACAGGACGCCUCCGGAUACAAACAUCUACUUGUGAUGUUUCCAGUGCAUUUGUGGACCGAAACAGACUGAAAUAUUGCAACGAUACACUAAAUUAAACCUGGAAUAAAUAUAUUAUAUAAUAUAUUGGAUCUUUUUAGAAUUUAAAAAUGAGCAAAGAACUCUUUUUAGCAAAAUAAGAGGAUGCUCAAAUUUUCCAUAUUUCUGCAUAUUUCAAUUAUUGCGAAGUAAAAAAGUCAUUUAUAGUCGUUUCUCGUGAAAAUAAUUCACUGUGGACAAACCCAGAUUCUUUGAUUCAGUGGUGGUUUAGGAACCAGGGGUUGUGAUAUUGUAAAUAAUGGCAUUUUUGUGACAUAUUUGCUCCCCAAUAACCAUCAAUGAACUUG